AGGCGACGCGAGCGAAAUUCUCGUCCCCGGCGCCGCUUGUGCUCGCGAUACGUCCGCCAGCGACGCCAUCCUGUCUGCCUCAGCUGCGUAGCUUGCUAGUCAGCCGCCCGUUAGGCGCGCUUCCUUGUUCUUUUGUGGGGGAAUUUCAGCCCUGCCGUUAGCGCCGACCGACUGGGGAAGUGGGUGAGGUGUUGCCGCAAAAUGGACUGGGCUGGGAAACAUAAUGGUCCAAAUGAUUCAUCUAGUGAUGGAACAGUACGAUUGCGUGGUCUGCCAUUUGGCUGCAGCAAGGAGGAGAUCGUUCAGUUCUUUCAAGGGUUGGAAAUCGUGCCAAAUGGGAUAACAUUGACGCUGGACUACCAGGGGAGAAGCACAGGGGAGGCCUUCGUGCAGUUUGCUUCAAAGGAGAUAGCAGAAAAAGCUCUGGGGAAACACAAGGAAAGAAUAGGGCACAGAUAUAUUGAGAUCUUCAAAAGUAGUAAGAGUGAAAUCCGAGGAUUCUAUGACCCACCACGAAGAAUGAUGGGACAGCGACCUGGACCCUAUGAUAGACCAAUGGGAGGAAGAGGGGGUUAUUAUGCAGCUGGGCGUGGAAGUAUGUAUGACAGAAUGCAUCGAGGAGGUGGUGGAUAUGACGGUGGAUAUGGUGGCUUUGAUGAGUAUGGUGGCUAUAACAAUUAUGGCUAUGGAAAUGAUGGCUAUGAUGACAGAAUGAGAGAUGGUAGAGGAAUGGGAGGCCACGGCUAUGGUGGAGCAGGAGAUGCUAGCUCAGGCUUUCAUGGUGGUCACUUUGUUCACAUGAGAGGACUGCCAUUUCGAGCAACAGAAAAUGAUAUUGCAAAUUUUUUCUCACCACUGACACCUAUAAGAGUUCACAUUGACAUUGGAGCAGAUGGAAGAGCAACAGGAGAAGCGGAUGUAGAAUUUGUAACACACGAAGAUGCAGUGACUGCCAUGUUGAAAGAUAAAAAUCAUAUGCAACAUCGAUAUAUUGAGCUGUUCCUUAAUUCAACUGCUGGAGGUGGUUCUGGAAUGGGAGGUUACGGCAGAGAUGGAAUGGAUCAAGUUGGUUAUGGUUCUGUUGGAAGAAUGGGAAUGGGUAGCAGUUACAGCGGAGGAUAUGGUACUCCUGAUGGCUUGGGUGGCUAUGGUCGCGGCAGUGGAAAUAGCGGUGGAUACUAUGGACAAGGCAACAUGGGAGGCGGUGGAUGGCGUGGAAUGUAUUGAAGAGUGGCAUUGUCUCUGUGAAGCAUAUUGGAAGGAAACAGUACCUGGUCUUCUAGACUUUCUUACAAAACUUAAUUUCUUUUGUAUUGAAAACUUUAUAAUGACUGAAGGAAUGUGUUUUCCCAUUAUUUGGUAAGCAACAGAUUGUGAUGGGGAAAUCUGUGUUCUGUAGGUUUUAUUUGUUGCAUACUCUGACUUUAAAUAAAUUUUUUAUAUUCAAACCACUGAUGUUGAUACUUUUUAUACUAGCUGCUCCUAAAGGUAUGUUCCAUAUUCCAAAACUGUUCGUUUAAGAUACUUGGUUCAUUAAAGCAGUUAUGCUGUAGGUUCUCUUAUUGAUGUAAAAUAAAACAACCAUCAAGCUGGUACUAGUACAUUUGUUGAGAUUUGAAAUGAAAGCAUAGGGUAACUUAUUUUAAUUAAUCUGACACAAUCCUCUUGUCAGUGAAGACUUCCCUUACCAGAAUUUCCCCAAGACUGUGCUGGGCAUGAAGGCCAUGAGUUCAGGAAUGACCUAAUGCACAACUGCUAUAUAAAAACCCAGUUGAUGUAUGCAUGUCACAAAUCUCACCCUUAAAGUAUAUUAGUCUUUAUACACCUCUCCUUGGCAAUCACAUUUUUUGAUGAGUGAACAAGAGAGUAUUAUUUUAGUAACAUCCAUAGAGAAGUAGGCUACUAUUUAAUUUCCUGGAAAUCUUAAAAGGCUACUCCUCUUGCUGUAGGCUCCUGUUUAAGGACUAAGCAACUUGCCCGGCAGUCAGACACAGAGACCUUGGCAAAUUAUGAGAUUACACAAAUAGGUAGUCCUCUUACUGUGCAUUAACAUGUAAGAUUUUUGAAUUAGUUACUGUUAAGAGACUUUUAAGCAUUCUCUGUGUAUCAGGAAAGGGUACUAAAUAUUCAAGUUUUCUUCAUUUCAACUGCUUGUCCUCCAAAUUCUUCCCAAUAAUUUGUCAAAUGUGAUUAUUGAAAGUUUGUUGCCUGUUUUUGAUAGUAAUGUUAUGUAUGUAAUAAAUGUCUUAUUGUGGGAGAUAGCAAAAUAGACUCCAUUCUAGGAA